AGACAGGGUCUUGCUCUGCUGUCCAGGCUGGAAUGCUUCGGUGUGAUGACAGCUCCCGUUAACGUCGAAUUCCUGGGCUCAAGUGAUCCUCCCACUUCCGCCUCCUGACUUGCUGAAACUACAGGCACCUGCCUCCACCGCCAGGCCCAGCCCACAGCUCCUUUGACCUCAGUGACAGGCACUCACCUACCUGACCCCCAAACUGAAGCCUCACCUUUCCCAGCCGUCUCCACACCCUCUGGGCUACCCCAUUACCAUGACAAGUAUUCCCUCUGCUCCAGGAGAAAAGCGAGGUCCCAGACCUGACCCAUAAAACCCAAUCAUUCCAGCUUUCACCCUUCAUCUCUGCAACUUUCGGCUACGUAAGGGCUCCCUGGGGGAGCACAGGAGACAGGCGGGCAGGAGGCCCACGCCCACAACUCUUUCUGAGCUGGGCAGAACAAUCAAUGGCCCACACAGCUGACCGCGAGGCUGCGGGGCCCUGGGCGGGACAGUAGGGUAGGGGGUGGAGGAGCGGCUUCCAGCCAGCUUCACUGUGUGCAUGGCCUGACACUGGGUCCAAAAGGGGCAGGAAGGUGUCGGAGAAGAGCCUCAGCUAGAGUCCGGGCCUUCUCCUGAGCGGGCACCUCCCGCACCAGGACUCUGCGCCCGCCAGCUCCGCAGGGCUCCACCUCCCUCGCCGGGACUGGUGACCCUGCGACCCCGCGACCCCUGCGCGUCCAGACUACUGCAGCUGUGGACAGGCAUGUUGUUGGGACUGGCGGCCAUGGAGCUGAAGGUGUGGGUGGAUGGCAUCCAGCGUGUGGUCUGUGGGGUCUCGGAGCAGACCACCUGCCAGGAAGUGGUCAUCGCACUAGCCCAAGCAAUAGGCCAGACUGGCCGCUUUGUGCUUGUGCAGCGGCUUCGGGAGAAGGAGCGGCAGCUGCUGCCACAAGAGUGUCCAGUGGGCGCCCAGGCCACCUGCGGACAGUUCGCCAGCGAUGUCCAGUUUGUCCUGAGGCGCACAGGGCCCAGCCUAGCUGGGAGGCCCUCCUCAGACAGCUGUCCACCCCCAGAACGCUGCCUAAUUCGUGCCAGCCUCCCUGUAAAGCCACGGGCUGCGCUGGGCUGUGAGCCCCGCAAAACACUGACCCCCGGGCCAGCCCCCAGCCUCUCACGCCCUGGGCCUGCGGCCUCUGUGACACCCACACCAGGCUGCUGCACAGACCUGCGGGGCCUGGAGCUCAGGGUGCAGAGGAAUGCUGAGGAGCUGGGCCAUGAGGCCUUCUGGGAGCAAGAGCUGCGCCGGGAGCAGGCCCGGGAGCGAGAGGGACAGGCACGCCUGCAGGCACUAAGUGCGGCCACUGCUGAGCAUGCUGCCCGGCUGCAGGCCCUGGACGCUCAGGCCCGUGCCCUGGAGGCUGAGCUGCAGCUGGCAGCGGAGGCCCCUGGGCCCCCCUCACCUAUGGCAUCUGCCACUGAGCGCCUGCACCAGGACCUGGCUGUUCAGGAGCGGCAGAGUGCGGAGGUGCAGGGCAGCCUGGCUCUGGUGAGCCGGGCCCUGGAGGCAGCAGAGCGAGCCUUGCAGGCUCAGGCUCAGGAGCUGGAGGAGCUGAACCGAGAGCUCCGUCAGUGCAACCUGCAGCAGUUCAUCCAGCAGACGGGGGCUGCGCUGCCACCGCCCCCACGGCCUGACAGGGGCCCUCCUGGCACUCAGGGCCCUCUGCCUCCAGCCAGAGAGGAGUCCCUCCUGGGCGCUCCCCCUGAGUCCCAUGCUGGUGCCCAGCCUAGGCCCCGAGGGUAUGUCUGUGCCCCACCUCCCCCUGGGGCACCGGGCCCUCCUGUGGCUGCAGCCACCUCAGCCUGUGUCCUCCCGCAGUGGCCCCCAUAAUGCAGAACUCCUGGAGGUAGCAGCAGCUCCUGCCCCAGAGUGGUGUCCUCUGGCAGCCCAGCCCCAGGCUCUGUGACAGCCUAGUGAGGGCUGCAAGACCAGCCUGCCUGGACCACAGAAGGAGAGUCGGCGGUCACAGAGGGCUCCUCCGCCAGGCAGUGGGAAGCCCUGGGUUUGGCCUCAGGAGCUGGGAGUGCAGUGGGGGACUGCCCUAGUCCUUGCCAGGUCGCCAGCACCCUGGAGAAGCAUGGGGCGUAGCCAGCUCGGAACUUGCCAGGCCCCAAAGGCCACGACUGCCUGUUGAGGACAGGAGAUGCAUGGACAGUGUGCUCAAGCUGUGGGCAUGUGCUUGCCUGCGGGAGAGGUCCUUCACUGUGUGUACACAGCAAGAGCAUGUGUGUGCCACUUCCCCUACCCCAACGUGAAAACCUCAAUAAACUGCCCGAAGCA